AUGCGCUUCGCGUUCGAGGCGCCGCGGCGCGGCUCGCACCUGCCGCCGCUGGCCGCCGCCAACCCGGUGCUGGUGGGGCGCGCGCGCCGCGUCGGCGUCAUCCGCCCGAUGCCCGCGCCCGCCGUGCGCUCGCCGGAGCCGCAGCCCGUCGUGGAGUUCGACCGGAAGGUCACGUCGCCGCCGCCGCCGACGCCGCGGCUCGCGUCCCCGCCGCCGGAGCCCGAUCCGACGCCGCAGCCCCGACCCGAGAGGAGGGAACCCCCGCCCGCGGCGAUGGUGGAACCGAUCCCGCGCUCCCCGCCCGAGACCGCGGACGUGAUCCGCCCCGAAUCCCCCGCGGACCGCGAGCCCGAGAUCGUCGAAACGAGACCGAAGGCCGAGCGACCGCUGACCAACGGAUUCGCCGAACCGAGGCCGAUCCCCGAGGAGCCCGUGUCGCGUCUCGGCGGCGCCGACAUCGAGCGCGCCUGGAACGGCUCCAGCGAGAAAAGAAUGGAGCCCAGGGAGAAGAAGCCCGCGGAGACGAAGGAGGCGAAGGGCGGCGCGGCGCCGUGGGCGGGCGGCAGCCCCGGGCCCGCGCGCCGCCCGCGCGCGCCGCCGCCCGCCGCCACCUCCAUCGUGUUCAACUUCUCCGACCGCAAGGAGGUGCCCGACUACAUCGAGAACGACGGAAUCAUCCUCCGCGGCAGCCGGAGGAACAAAAUCAAGGCCGGCGAGCCGGGCGUGGUGGUGCUGAACCCGGAGGCGCUGGCGGCGGCGUCGGACGAGGAGUGCGAGUGCGACGGGCCGCCCUCGCCCUGCGCCGUGCGCUUCGUCAACGACAACGUGCUCAUCAACGGCCGCUCCUCCAUGCCGCCGCGCCCCAACCGCGACCGCAUCGCCAAGCUGAAGCUCCAGUUCGACGACUCGCUGACGUGCACAUUUGAGUACCCAUCCGAGACGUCCCUGUGCGAAGAACCCGAGGACGCGGCGCACGCCGGCCAGCCCACGCACGCCUCGCUCACCUCCAACACGCAUAUAGUGUCGGCGGCGCUGGCGCGGUACACGCCGCACAAGACCGUGGCCGACGCCUUCCAGCUCGGCGUCACCAGGCACUCCAGCGCACCAGCCCCGGAGGCGGUGAGCAACGGCAACGGCGCGGCGGCCGACGACGACGACGCGGGCGACGCGCGGCCCUGCCAGCCAGCCAGCGCGCGCUCGUGGAGCGAGGCGCGCACGCUCACCACCGACCUGCUGUUCUAGCGCGAGGUCAGCGCAGUCCCCCGAGCGUGACCCGCGCGAGCAGCGACUACCGCCAUUGGAACGGACUAUUGGACACUGCUCAAAUUAUACAGUCCCCAUUUAGAGUAAGGAGAUUUACAUAUGAAUCGACCUAUCAGCCUGAUACCUAAAUUUUGUAAAGGUUUUGCAAUUUUUUAAACAAAUGCAACAUAUUUUUGGAAACUUUUCCGAUUUGUGACAUUAUUGUAUUGUAGAUGCAUUUUGUAGAAGUAUGUACUUAACUGCGAUUACUUAACGUGGAUAUGAUGUAAAAAUUGACUGGCUUUGUUAUGAAUGUGGGCGUAUACAGAAACUUGCUUAAAUUCGUUCCUUCUGACUUUUGAACAUGAGUAAACUUAGUGCCUGGCCUUAUGAUGCACGGACUCAUCUCUAUCGACAAAUCUGGUCCAUUUUCUCAUAGAAAGGUCCGUUCACAUUCAUAGGAAAGUCGCUCGCAAUGUAAUUUAAAAUUUUUGACUAUUUUAUUUAAUGUACUGAUAUUUCCUGUCAUAUCCGCAGACUAACGAAGCUCGACUGAUUAGCUGAUAAAUUGAUAACAUAACUUUUGAUAAUGUUUUAGCACUUGACUCGAUAGACGAUAGACGAAAAACGUGAUACUAUAUACUCAUUCCCCAAAUCAUUCCUAUAUGGCAAUUAAGUGAAUUAUGUGUUUUGGUAUACUUUAUAAAUGAAGUAUGACAACAUUGACAACAAGGCUGAGCAUGUGUGAGCUCAUUGAAGCCCUGAAGGCGUGUAGCCUCGUAAAGAUAGAAUAGUUGUAUAUGUUAUUUUAUAUGUUGCGCGCAGGUGCGCUAUAAUCUAUGGAAACUGGAUUUUCAUUCAUAAUAAUUUAUUGGAAACGUUUGUUUUGUAUUAUACAGGAAGCCAAUGUUGAAAACGACACGUGUGCGAAAGAGAGUGCUCUACAAGUUAAUAAUUAAUUUUGUACAGUGCCCUCUCUUUCAACAUUACACAAAAUAAUAAUGGGUUAUAUUCACUCAAAUAGGUAGGUUUUAGUGAUCCUGACACGCUUGCUUUGAGUGUGAAGCGUUCCGCGUAGUUAUUAAUGUUGUGCUAAGUGGCUGCCUCCCUCGCGGACGGCCCGCGCUGCGAGCGGGGCCCGGGCGAGGCGGCCGUGGGGCCCGCGGGGCCCGGGCG